AUGGCAUUUUUAUAUCGUCUAACUGUGGUUGUUUUCGACCCGGGAGCCAACGUAUUUCUGGGAGAUAGCCGGAAGUCACCAAACACUACUCUGUGGUCGCUGCCCGGGAAUUCUGGACCGACUUGGAGAGUGAAAGGCAAUAAUCCAUUGGUGAAAACGAGGUCAAGUAUGCUAUUAUGUCUGGUCGGUUGCAUUACAUGUUGGCGCCAUCCUCCAGAAUCCAACACAUUAAUAAAAUCAUCAAACCGCCUAGGAGAG